CCUCUAAAAAUGAAGGGUAGCGCAAUAUGCUUAGACUUAAACUAGCAACCUUAAAAAAAUAUAUUAUUGUAAGUCAGUGUAUUUUCACUGAUGUUCAUGAAGCUCUGGAGUGACGUCCCUCAUACAGAUAAUGAUAAAAGAGAAGAGUUCUUCAUUAUUACCAGAUGAUACUGGGCCUAUCCGAAAAGUGAUGCAGGUGACAGAAGCAGGGCAAACCCUUCCUGUUUGUCUGGCCUCACAGCAGCUCAGGCCUUAGCGUCUCAAUAAGACAGCCAAUGAAAUAACCCGCCUUGACCGUGGUGCUGCUCGUCUACUGAGCUGUGCUGUGUAGUUUAAGAACAUUAUCCCCUUGUAAUCCACUUUGCCUUCUGCUGCACGCAGGUGGACAGACUGUCAGAUAGAGCUGGGUCCCACAGCCACACACACGCACACACAAACACACACCCGCUUCCCUGCUCGGUCGCUCCUCUUGUUCUGGAAAAUGAGCCUUUUCUCAUGCUGUUUCUUGCCUUUGACCUCUUGUUUCUAUUAUUUUUAAUUUUCUAUCGCGAUCGCGCUAAUUAGCGAGGAUUUUCUUCUUCCGACAUGGAGGAGCCAGAUAUACGACAACAGAAGCUGGAGAACCAGCGAACCCUGUUGAUGAAAAAGCAGCAGAAGAAGAGAUCUGACGUUCAGAUGGUGGUCGCUAACCGAGACACUCGCCAAAAAACCCGUAAGCACAAAGCUGCCUGCUCCGAUGAAACACCUCUGUUAAUCAGCCAGUCCAUGAGCAACGCUUCCCUGACCGAUCAAGUUGAACAUGCCCAUGACAACCCAGUGGAUGAGAUUACCCUGGAUGAGAGCGACGUGACAGCAGGCGUGAUGUCAGAGGACCUGGCUCCAGAGAGGCCCGUUACUCCCAAAACCAUGGACCUGGGGGUCGACAACGAAGCAGAGGUCACGUGCGACGGAGGCGGCGACGCUCACGUCGAGGGGAAGAAGACGAAGAAGAAAGACGUGAAAAGGGGAAAUGUCAAGCAGGCCGGAGAGAACGAAGACAAAGAUAUGGAGAGAAAAGAGAAAAAGACCAAGAAGAAGGGCAAAGUGAAGGAAUCUGAAGACGCGCAGAGGACGAACAAGACGACCAAACAGGAGCGGAAAAAGAAACACCUACAGGAGGAGGCUGGGGCCCAGGAGCCAGAGUCAGUGGAGACAGAACCUCUGAAGAAGAACACAUCAGACGAAAGCGAUGACAAAGAGGAGGACGAGCCCCAGAAACCGGACCUCCAGCCCAAGAAGAAGAAACAACUGGACACAUCCAGGUGCCAAAUAAGCGACGAGAGCAAGGACGAGGAAGGUCGCGUCGCGGAGAGGAAGGAGAAGAAGAGCAGCAGAUCGGAAAAGACGGCGUCCAGCCUAGCGUCGCUCAACUCCAACUACCGGCGGAGCUCCUCCACCGCCAGCGAGGCCGACGAAAGGCCAACGUCUCCCAUUUCCGUGGAGGACCUGGAGAAGUUCGCUCUGCGUCCGGCACCCAGAGAUGUGACCAUCCAGUGCAGGGUCACCAGGGACCGCAGGGGCAUGGAGAAGGGCAUCUACCCCACCUACUACCUCCACAUGGAGAGGGAGGACGGAAAGAGGGUGUUCCUGAUGGCCGGGCGAAAGAGGAAGAAGUGCAAAACGUCCAACUAUCUCAUUUCCACUGACCCCACAAACCUGUCCAGGGAAACAAACUGCUACAUAGGAAAACUAAGGUCCAAUGUUCUGGGCACAAAGUUCACGGUUUACGAUGGAGGAGAAAACCCGGAGAAGAAGCCCUUCAUCAAAGAGUCGGACUCCGUUCGGCAGGAGCUGGCGGCCAUUUGCUACGAGACCAACGUGCUGGGCUUCAAGGGUCCGAGGAAGAUGACGGUGGUCAUUCCCGGGAUGCUGGAGAGCAACGAGCGGGUGUCCCUUCGGCCAAAGAACGAUCUGGAGACUCUCCUGGGCCGACACGCCAGCGGCAACACGGACAAACUGGUGACCCUGGUCAACAAAUCCCCGAGCUGGAACGAGCAGUCUCAGUCCUAUGUGCUCAACUUCCACGGCCGCGUCACUCAGGCCUCGGUCAAAAACUUCCAGAUCGUCCACCCUGACAACGACGAUUACAUCGUGAUGCAGUUCGGCCGCGUGGCCGAGGACGUGUUCUCCAUGGAUUACAGCUACCCCGUGUGCGCCCUGCAAGCCUUCGCCAUCGCGCUGUCGUCCUUCGACGGCAAGCUGGCGUGUGAGUGAGCCGCCGGCGUGCCUCGACCCCCCGCCGCAGCCCUGCGACAGAUAGAAGCGUCCAGCUCAAUU